CCUGUCAAGGGCAUUUGCUCGGCACAGAGUAGUGAAGGGAUCUUGUCAAGCUGCUACUAUACCUAAAGGAAAUAUCGAUGAUAAAAUAUCAUGCCUGGAUGUUAGAUAUGUUAACUGAGUGUUUGGUCCCUCUUGACGAAUUGCUAUUUGAACUCUUCAGUUAAGAUUAAAACCUAUGGGAGGGAAGGAGGUAAGGACAGAGUAAGGAACCAACUGUGAGGAGUCUGCCAGCGUCUGGACUCAGGGAUGGACAGCCUGAAAGUGAGACUGGACGGAAGUGUUUUCUUUGUGAAUAAAGCCCUGCUCGAACAACACUGCAAGUACUUCCGAGCCCUCUUCCGUUCGGGAAUGCGAGAAUGCCGACAGGCUGAGGUCCACCUGCAAGGGCUGAGCGCCCGGGGGUUCCUGUUGACACUCCGGAUCCUGGACGGGGAUCGCCCUAUCCUGGGUGCAGAUGAGAUUGUGGAUGCGAUCGAGUGCGCUGCCUUUCUACAGGUACAGUCUGUGACCAAGCACCUGAUCAAUAUCGUCAACUCUGACAACUGCCUGCUAAUGUUCCACACGGCAGCAACCUACGGUUUGCGGGACCUGUCCCAUGGCGCUGCCCUUUUCAUUAGAGACAUGUACUCUGACCUGAAGGAGGACGUUAUUAGCACUUUACCAGAAGACCUAGUAGAGUAUGUUGAGUCUCUCGCUCCUAGUAGAUAUGUCACCGUUUGCAGCCACUCUCCUAGCAUUGAGAAACUCCAAGACUGUCAGAGGACAGUUUGUUACCUAGACGAUGAGGAUAAAGAGUGGAAGGUGCUGACUCACCUGCCCUUAAACACCAGCACCACUCUGGCAGGCGUGACUGUGCUGGACAACAAGCUCUACAUAGUGGGUGGAGUCCAUGAUAUCAGUAAGAAAGUCGUCGACUCCGGCUACUGUUACGACCCAGAAAGCGACUCCUGGUUUACUAUUCCGAGUCCCCAGCAGAGUCGCUACAACUGCACGUUGGUUGGCCACGAGGGCUGCCUUUACGCCAUCGGCGGAGAGCUUGACAGGAAGUCCACAGCAUCGGUGGAGAAGUACAACGUCUCCACAAGCACAUGGUGCUUUGCUGCAAGCCUCCCGUGUCGAGCAAACAAAGUGGUCUCCGCCAAAGCUAUGAGCCGCAUCUUCAUCUCUCUCUGGAAGCCCAGAGGUACUACGGAGAUCCAUGAGUAUGUCCCUGAGAAGGACCACUGGGUCCUGGUCACCACGCUUGUCCGCAAGCAGAGCUAUAGCCACUGUAUGGUUGGCCAUAGGGACAAUCUGUAUGUGAUGCGUAAUGGGCCCUGCGAGGACUUCUUGAUGUGUGUGAUAGACUGCUACAACCUGACGGUAGGUCAAUGGAGGGCGUUUCCAGGGCAGUACGCAAACAGUAAAGGAUCACUGUUCACCUCAGUAGUAAGAGGAGAUUCAGUGUUCACCCUCAACCACAUGAGAACAACAGAGUUUGCUGUAGAGGAGAACAGAUGGAAAACCAAAAGGGAGACCAAGGGCUUUGGGCGAAUUGGCUCCAUGUACACGUUCCUCUUGAGACUGCCCAAGGCCAAGACAGUGGGAAACACUGAGGUGCUGACGGACGGCCUGAAGUUUGGGAGUCGUAUCGACCAAAGACGCAAAGACUCUUUGCUGCACUGCUUUGACUGAAGUCAUGUGCACAAGUUUAGUCUUUU